UACUACCGCUGAUGUGUGUGCGCAACCGAAUUGGGAAUAGUAAAUCGCGAGCGCAGCUGGAUGACUUCAGGAGCAGUGUCGAUAUUUAUAUAGCAGAUAACGAGAGCUUAUGCUAACAUAACGCAAACCUCUUUUUCUUGGAACUUCAUGUAAAGAUAUAUCCAAUACAUUGCUGGAAGUAUAGCGAAAUCUGUCAAGGAGUUGACCAGAAGUUGUUUGUUUGUGUGUGUGUGUGUGCAUUUUUCUAAUCUGGUUGUUCUUACCAUCGCCAUGUCCUCCGGUGAUGUGUCAGAGCAGUGUCGGCGGUUUUGCGUGUUAUCUUGGGAACAGGUGCAACGUUUGGACUCUAUUCUUGGCGAGACUAUCCCGGUUCACGGACGUGGAAACUUCCCGACGCUUUCAGUGCAGCCCAGACAGAUUGUCCAGGUUGUUCGAGCACGUUUGGAAGAGCGAGGUAUCGCUGUUCGGGAUGUAAGGUUGAAUGGCUCGGCUGCCAGUCAUGUUCUGCAUCAGGACACAGGCCUUGGGUAUAAGGAUUUGGACCUGAUCUUUGGAGUUUCACUGUCAGAUGACCAGGCCUUCCGUGUGGUUAAGGAUGUAGUACUUGACAGCCUGCUGGACUUCCUACCUGAGGGGGUAAGCAAGGAGAGAAUCUCAGCACUUACUCUGAAGGAGGCGUACGUACAGAAACUGGUGAAGGUUUGCAACGACACCAACCGAUGGAGCCUCAUCUCACUCUCCAACAACACAGGCAAGAAUGUGGAGCUUAAGUUUGUGGACUCUCUGAGGCGCCAAUUUGAGUUCAGCGUGGACUCUUUCCAGAUAGUUUUAGACUCCCUGCUUCUGUUUGACCGUUGUUCAGAGACACCCAUGUCUGAAUGCUUCCAUCCAACAGUGGUGGGUGAAAGCAUGUAUGGGGACUUUGAGGAGGCUCUCAGCCAUUUGUGCAACAAGAUCAUUGCGACACGAAACCCAGAGGAGAUCCGGGGAGGUGGGCUCUUAAAAUAUUGCCACCUCCUGGUACGGGGGUUCCGGCCGACCUCUGAAGCAGAGAUGAAAUUGCUACAGCGAUACAUGUGCUCUCGGUUCUUCAUUGACUUUCCGGACAUAGGUGAGCAGCAGCGAAAGCUGGAGGCUUACCUGCAGAAUCACUUUGCUGGAAUGGAGCACAAACGUUAUGACUGUCUGGUCACAUUAUACCACGUAGUCAAUGAAAGUACGGUGUGCUUGAUGGGACAUGAACGACGACAGACAUUAAAUCUUAUUUCUAUGCUUGCGCUUAGGGUGCUGGCUGAACAGAAUGCUAUUCCCACAGUUACCAAUGUCACAUGCUAUUACCAGCCUGCACCCUAUGUGCGAGACAUCAACUUCAGUAACUACUACAUUGCUCAUGUGCAGCCGCUGGGGCACACCUACAGUAAUUCCUACCAAACGUGGCUGCCAUGCAACUGACCCACAAAACCUCUGUGAAAGAGAAAUAAAAAUAGAGUUCAACCAUUGUAUCUUCCCAUGUGGUGAAGGCGACAUGCAAGCAAUUGAAUACUAUAUUCAAUGUUUUGUUAAAAAAAACAACAACAAUGGACUUUUAGGAGAAGGAGCUUUGUAAACAGUGUCAAAAUUAUUAUUAUUUUUGCUUAAUGUGACACAAAUGUUCACUGCUGUAUGUCUGAUUUGAGCCGAUCCUUUUUCUUGGUGAAUGAGUGGAUGAGGGUCCUUUGCUCUUUUCAAAUGUAGCAAGAAUGCUGUCUUGAGAUUCAAUGGUUUUUUUUUCUCUCAAAUUCAUUAUAGAUUCAGUUAAACACUCAGAGGUUAUGCGUGUCGAGAGAGAAGACUGCAUUGUGGUGGAAAGACGUUUUGAAGCUAUAUAUGUAUUUUCUUUUUUGCCUGACUGGUUUCUAUCAACCUCUGUUUUGCUUUUUGGUUGUUUCAAGGACCAAAGAUAUUUUAUUUUCAUUGUCAAGAAAGGAAUGUUUGCUAUUGUAAUUCCAAGUGCCUAAAACACAUUGUACAAAAAAGUGAGACCUGUGCUCUCUAAAAAAUAUUUUUUUCUGUCCUAGUUAAUUGUAAAUCUCUAUUUUCAGGGAUGGAUGCAUGUAUUUUCAUGUGAUUAAAAAAAGCUCAAAACCCA